UACUGCAGGGAAGGAGAGCCAGGAAUGGCUGUGAGGGGCAACCGGAGAGGGGCCCCGAGCCGAGUGGGGCUGACAGCGCUGCUCGCGGUAGCGCUGGAGUUGGCCUGCCCGGCCGGAGCACUGGAGAACGGGCUGGCGCGGACGCCGCCCAUGGGGUGGCUGCACUGGGAGCGCUUCCUCUGCCAGACCGACUGCGCCCAAGAGCCCCGCCAGUGCAUCAGUGAAAAAUUAUUCAUGCAGAUGGCUGAUCUGAUGGUGUCUGAAGGCUGGCGAGACGUGGGAUACCAGUACCUGUGCAUCGAUGACUGUUGGAUGGCUCCGAACCGUGACAAGCAGGGCCGGCUCCAGCCAGACCCCAAACGUUUCCCCAGUGGGAUUGGCAAAUUAGCAGACUAUGUCCACUCCAAGGGGCUGAAGCUGGGCAUUUAUGCAGAUGUUGGGAACAAAACCUGCGCUGGUUUCCCUGGCAGCUAUGGCUACUAUGAACUGGAUGCAGCAACCUUUGCCAGCUGGGGAGUGGAUCUGCUGAAGUUCGACGGCUGUUACUACGGCACGCUGGAGCUGCUGGCAGAAGGUUAUAAGACCAUGUCCCGGGCUUUGAAUAAAACCGGCAGAAGCAUUGUGUAUUCCUGUGAGUGGCCGCUCUACCAGAAACCCAUGCAAAAGCCCAACUACACUGAGAUAAAACAGUACUGUAAUUACUGGAGGAACUUUGCCGACAUCUACGAUGCCUGGAAAAGCAUCAAGAACAUUCUGGACAUGACCUCUUUUUAUCAGGACAACCUCACUGCCAUUGCUGGACCAGGGGGCUGGAAUGACCCAGACAUGCUGGUGAUUGGAAACUUUGGACUGAGUUGGGAUCAGCAAAUAACACAGAUGGCACUCUGGGCCAUGAUGGCAGCUCCGCUCCUGAUGUCCAAUGACUUGCGCCACAUUAGCCCAGCAUCCAAGGCCCUGCUCCAAAACAAGGAAGUGAUAGCCAUUAAUCAGGAUCCACUGGGCAAGCAGGGGUAUCGAAUCACUAAGGACAGCAGGGGCUUUGAAUUGUGGGAGCGGCCUCUUUCAGACGGCGCCUAUGCCAUAGCCAUAAUGAACCGGCAGGAGAUUGGCGGGCCCCAAGCUUACAGCUUCUCUCUCACCUUCCUUGGGAAUGGUUUGGCUUGCAACCCGGCUUGUUCUAUUCAGCAGAUCCUUCCCACCAGCAGACAUUUGGGGCUCCAUAAUUGGGUCUCGUUCUUGAAAGUAGUGGUGAACCCAACAGGAACUGUCCUGCUGAAGAUUGUGGUGAUUGAGGAAAAACGGGAUGUCAGUGGCAGCCACUCCCUGGGUGUCUUGUAACAUGUCACUUCAGCAGGAACCUUUCUUCAUUUAAGCUUCCAGCAGAACUGCAGUUGACCUCCCUAAAUCUCAGAAGGUGGAAACCACUUUCCCUUAAACCUUGUAACUGCUAAACAUUUGGGGAGAUGUACAGGAAUGGCAGAUCUUUGAGGCCCAAGAUGUUUUUUUCCUCUGCUAACCGCCCCCCCCUUUCAUGGGAAGAACACAAGACACCAUGGUAGAGGCAGUGGAUGCUACUCAAAAUCUGUUUUAAGCAGUUACAUAAAGCAGAGAACAGUGAGUAUUGGAGUUAAGCUCCAACUUGUUUAAAAUACACAACCUACAGCACAAGAAGCUUCUUGUGAAAUUUUUAAAUAAAGUGCCAAGUGCUCCUCCCAAGGAUUAAAAGGAUAUAGGCUGACUGUGCACUAUCUGGAUUCUUAUAGGCAGAGUAUCUAUACCCUGCUUGCAAUUCAGUAAGGUUUGGACUAUUAUCAACUUUUUGGUAAAACAGGUCCUGCGAGUACUCAUUUCAACCACAGAUGAUGUGAAACUUACUUAAUUGCUCCAGGUCUUAAUUGCUAGACCUGAAUAAGGGAUUCUGUUUUGCUGCUCCCACCAGGCCUGGCAACCUGGACCCCAGAACCUGUAUUUCUGUCUUGAGACUCUACAAAUGAAGACUCACUUGGUAUAGUUAUUCACUUGGGUGGGUAUUUCUCUACCAUCUGGUUAGCCUAAGCUCAGUUAGGUUUUAAGUAUGGUGUUUUUGGUCUUGGCAUUCAAUUACAGAAAAACUUUCUUUGAAUAAGCAGCUAGCGUAGUGUUGGAAUAGCUGCACAAAUUGAAAAAUAAACUGAGUACUAAGCGGAAUUGUCUCCACUUGUGCCUAAAACUUACCUCUAUGUUAGUGAAGAGGUAGGCAGAAUGACAUUAGGUUUCUAGAUUUGCUUUACAGAUUCUGUUUGUAUUUUUACCUUUCUCUGCCAUCUUGUUGGCAGUUUUUUCCUCCUUGAGGUCACACAACCCUCUUAUCACAAAUCCCUACCAGAUGCACUGAUCUCAUUAGCAUAGCCUUUAAAAAAAACUUGAGCCUCUGAAAGGCUCAAAUUCCUUUCCUUCGUGUAUUUUGUUUGGGAUAUUCAUCCCCCCCCCACCUCCUAACUGCUGGCAGUGAAAAUAAAACAAUGAGUUCCCCUGACUGAAAGGGUUCUUAAACUGUUGCAUUGCAGUUGCUGCUAUUGCCCUGUUGAAGAAAUCAAGCCAAGUGCCUGAGCCUCUUGCAAGAGCUGGAUGCCAAAGUUUUAUUAGUGUCUUAAAAAGUGGAAGAAUUAUGUUUCUAAUUCAUGUUAACUAAAUGUGUAAACAUGCAGUCAUUUUGUGUAUGAUGAAUACAGAUCUUACUGAUGUAAAUGCACCAAAAUAAAUGCUGUGCAAACAUA